AUGCAUUUCACAACCAGCUUCGUGCUGAUGGCUCUGCUGUCGAUCUUCGGAGCCUCUGCUGUCCCUCUCUCCCAGACUCCCAACCCGGCCUUGACCUGGCAUGUCUCCGACUUCAGCACUGGCUGCUCUCCCGGAGGAUGCGUCUACCGAUUCAAUAUCCUCGGUAUCGCCGCGCCAAACACUCCCGGGUUCAAUACUACCUGCAACGGCACCGAUGUCCAGGAAGACUAUGCAUUCUGCCAGGACAAGCACAUCAAAGCCAACGUGAUCCCCCUUCCGUAUCCCUUGUGGAAAGUCGACGCCAUACACGCCUGGUUCAAGUCUGGUGCAGAAUUCUACGCCGAAGGAUCGGCCAAUGUCACGUCGAGCAUGGAGAACUUUACAAUUCCCGUCACUCGUACAUAUGGCGUUGCCUAA